CGCGAAUCUCAAUCAACGGAGAGUAAAAGAAAGAGAGACAGAAGCACUGAAAAUGCUAUAUAUAUAGAGACAGAGAGAGAGAGACAGAGAGACUCCGCAAAUCGGUAACGGCUACUUUGGGGUCAGUCCAAGUAAGACGAUUCAGUAAGAGAGAGAGAGAGUCUUGUUCUUUGUCUUUUCGUUUUGCCCUGGACGGUUUUCCGUUGCUGCUUCCUUGCUUGCUUCAUAAAUGGAUUACAAUAAUGACAAUAGUGAGCGUUGGGAUUGGCACCGCAAUCCUCAUGUCCAAAAGGACUCCACUCCCGAUAUAUCUGAAUGCCUGUGGAAUGGAGUGCCUCAGAAUCAAGAGGACCUUUCAUACAUGUUGGAUGAUGAAACAACCCCUGUUAAGGCUUGUGGAGAUUUGGCCUAUGAGGUUAACCAAAGAGAUAAUAGAAACAAGGAACCAGAAGAGCAGAGGGAAUCUUUCUCGCAAGUGAAAAGGCGUCGGAUGCUACAAUUUGACACUGAAGCUAUGGAUUCUUCCCUUUCAAGUGAAGACUUAUCGUCUGCAUUCUUGAAAUCAAAUGAGGGGAUUGAUUCAAUUGAGGGUUUUGAAGCGACAAAUUGGGUAUCUGGGUUUUCAGAAAAUGCAUCUGCCUCUGGUUAUGAAUGCCUAGAUGAAUCACCGGAUAGGUGGAUCGAACAGUGCUUCACUGAUCCUGCUGAUAUGCAGUUCAGCCCUGAUGAUAUCGAUUUCUCUGGGGCAUCUGAUGUUCAUAUUGACAUUACAAAGUUGUGCGACAUCCAACCUGAGUAUCAUCAUGCAAAUGUGAAUCAACAACGAGUUACUCGAUCACCUCGAAAUAUCAUAUUUAGAGGUAGGAAGUCUUACAUUCGUGCUCCCACAAAGUUGGCUACUUCUGUGGCAUAUCCCUUUGCAUUCAUAAAACCCUCUGGAACCCAUGGAGCUGUAACUCUGAAGGACAUAAACCAGCGGAUCCGCACACCGCCACCUUCAAAAGCUAAGCAAAAGGAGCCUGAACAAUAUCCCACUUCAGCCUUUUCUGGGAAACCUGUUGUUGGCAAAACUAAAAUUCGAACUGAAGGAGGAAAAGGCAGCAUUACAAUAAUGAGAACCAAAGGCUAAGAGUUACAAGACUUACCUUUCCUUUCUUUGCCUGCUGAUUUUGUGGAUGAAUUUUUCCUGUAAUAUUCUAGAGCAGUCAGGUAUAGAAGUGAAGCUGCUUAGUUUUUCUGUCGUCUUGUUUCGGGAAAUCAUAAAUCACACGAGUGUUUAUGUUUCCAAGUAUGCUUUAGGCUUCUAGCUGUCAAUAGUAGUAUUAUACAUCGGAUGACUGAGAACCAAACUCUACCAGGUUAGUUUGUUUUUGUUUCUCAAAAACCUUGUUAUGUUUUCCAGGAAUUCCAGUAUGUGCAAACUUUUGUAUCUAGAUUAUGUUUCUGGAAGGUGUAUAUUUAACCUCUAGACUGUGGUUUUGCAUGCAUUAACCAUUUCUCUUUUCUGUAAAGCAUUGAGAAAUAUUUUUGGAGC